AAAGUAGACCUGCAGUUGCAGCUCGGAAAAGAGAGAAAAAGAGAGAGGCAGACAAAUGUACGUGUGACGAAAACGUGAGACAUCGGAGUGCGGCGGAAAGCUCUUCGAUUAUCUAAUUAAAGCCGCAGGAACUCUUCAACACUUUUAAUUCAUCUCAUUAAUAGGCAAUUAUUAAAUUCACAAUGCUGACGGGAGUGAUUGACGGCGCGACAUUGUGUUGCGAGGACGUCAACUCCACGACUGGACAUGUGCCUGUUGAAGAGGACGUCAUUCGAAGCCGUGCAAUAUCUUUAGCGUGGAUGUCUUACGGUAUUAUAGUGCCGAUUAUAUUGGCCAUUGGCAUUUUCGGCAACGUAGCAAUAGUCGUCGUGUUAUCCGGACCAGUAUUUCGCGGAAUCGCGUAUCUGUACCUCAGCGGACUCGCGCUGGCUCACAUCGGCGUUAUGUUAUCAUGGAUAACAAUCACUUUGAGAUUGGGCUACGGCAUGAGUAACAAUUAUCCGUCAGCCUUCUACUACGCUCAUCUCGAACUCGUUGUACUGAACGCCUUUUCGGCCGCCAGUGUCUUCAUCAUGGUCUGCUUGAUAGUAGAUCGAUACAUUUUCGUAUUUUUUCCGGCGCGCAUUCGCACCGGAAACACGCGCAAGAAUGUCAAUUCCUACAUAGUGUCUUCCUUCAUCGCCGGUUUCGUGAUAAGCAGUCCCUUGUCGGUUAUGAGGAUUGUCCACACGGAGCAGGACGGAUCCAAUACUUUGUUCAUGUUACGUGAAAACGUCUCCGUUACACAGAGUACAAUCUGGAGGAUAUAUAUCUGGGCAAUGGAGAUCGCAGUGCGGAUUUGUCCAUCGAUUGUGUUCAUCGCGCUGAACAGCUUGGUCAUCAAGAGAUUUUUGCAGCUAAACGCGCAGAGCCGACAGUUCCAUGCCGCCUCGGAUAAAUUGCGGGCUCAAAAUGCGCCUGAUACAGGACUGCUGUCUCGCAAUCGAGGAUACAAGGAGGAGCAACAUUUGGCGAUACUGACGACAACAAUGAUUCUGUGCUUUUUCGUAACGACGGUUCCAUCGAGUCUCACGCCGUUGCUGUACGCCAAUCAUCAUCCGUUAGAUCCGAAUUAUCAAAUCUAUCGGGUGUGCUCGGCGAUCGUUGAACUCAGCAAUUACGCUAUUUAUAUUCUUAUUUAUCUCGCCUGCAGCACACAAUUUCGUAGGCAACUACUGCGAGUUCUACAAGGAAAGUGCAAUGAAACUAGAGGACAGAAUGUCGAUCAGCCGAUAGGCGAGAUCGAGGACUACAGUCGGCACGGUACAACCGUCCGAUUGACACCGGAACACGGGACCAAAUUGAAUUCUCCCGAAUCCCCGACUAAGGAAGCCACAGUCGAGGAGGAUACGCUGGAUGCUACUACUGUUAUGCUGGAGCACGGAGUCAGCGUAUAAUUAUAUGCAAUUGUAUCCCGAGAUUGGCGAGUUAAUCGCUUACAUAACGUGUGAAUUAUUCUAUAUUUAUAAUAUAUAUGUGCGAUGUGUGGAAACUAUAUAUAUAUAUAUGUAAAUCAUGGAUGUGGACACAAAAAUUAUAAUACAACAAUACUGAACAAUUGUCAUCCUAACGGUAUUUAAAUCGCUGUGGUGAUUCUCUCUAGUUGGUUUCUAAUAAAUUUCCAAAUACCAG